AUAAGUCGUAAAAAAUCAUUAAAGUAAAUGGUAAAUUGUCCUGAUUGUGAAACAAUAGAAUAUCUGGACAUUUAGUGUUGGAAUUUUGCAGUAGUAAUGUCCAGUGGUGGUUAUAUCGAUCGUGUUCUGAAAGCAUUAAAGGAGUGGGGUGUCAAACGGAGAUCUGAGGAACGAGAUGACGACAUGGAGAUUUCCAAAUUACCACGAAUUGGUGACAUAAAUCGCAUGUCUUUUGGAAAGACGCCACAACACGGAAACACCGCCAGUUCAAAUCCAAGGCGUUUAACUACAUCUGCUCUUCUCAAUAAACAUCUUCAGGGAGGGCAUGAUUUUGGGUCUGAAAUACUUCCAAAAUAUGACAAAUUGAACCUCCGGACAGAAUUCCCAAAUGCGUCAUCCAGCUUCGCUCAGGAGCAAUUCAUCCGCAAAUACAACAAUCAACCACUCUUCCUCAAUCGCAAUGCUGACAUUGAGAUAUCAGACGACGAGGAUGUUACCUACGUUCCGCCCAUGUCCAAGAGCAACAAUUUCAGUAAUUUCAGCCUCGGAGGCCCAUCAACUAAUGGCGAGUCACGCAAAUCGCCCACAAUCACCCAAAAACCCAUCCCUGGUCUUAUUCCCAGAUCCAGCGUCACAAAACUGAAACCCAUUGAAAGGUUUUCACGCUACAGUCAGCCCGCAGAAAGAAGUUCACGGUUUUCAAGCCAACGUGAGCCAUCGUCUCUCUUAACACGAGCCUCCAUCUACAGUGGUCUAAACAGCUUCAGGAUGUCUACUUUGCGGAAAUCCUCAGCGAUAUCAAAGGAAAAUAGAUACUUAUCACGAAGCUCAAGAAUGCUACAUUCUGUCAUUAAGGACAGCUAUAAUCUGGCACAGAGGAAUAACUACAAGGAACUUUUGGAGAAACUUGCUCCAUCGUCUAUGACCAAAUCUCGAUCAUUGGGUGGGACACAGAAUAAGCAGAAAAUUGUAGACACUAUAAAUCUAGCCGAUUAUGAGUUUUCUGACGAUGAAGUACCAACGUUCACGAUGAAAUCCUCAACGAAGACAUCGACAGUUCUACAGGAGAGCAUCAAUAAUUGCAGCAGCAAGAAGGCUCCAAUUGUGGCACCAAUCAAUUCCAAAUCCAUCACUCUGAGCUCAUCAGAGUCCCCAAGUCGUGUAUCAACACCAGAUAUUGAGCCAGUGAAUUCAGUUUUGGUAAAGCUAAAGAGUGUACCGUACUUUCAUGAUGACUGGUUGGCCAAGCAAACGGAGAAGAGUAUUAAGAAUCGGGAGGAGUACAAGAAGAAAAUUGAGGAAGCAGAAAAAUUACCUUUAAGGGCCAAGCAGUAUGAAACCGAGAGAAAAAAGGAUGAAGCAGAUUUCUUCAUUAAAAAGAUGAAGGAUAUUGCUAUUUCUCCACCACCAAUUGUAAUUGAGGAUUCAGAAGAAGAAGAACCAGAAUUUGUUCUUCCAGAAUUGACGCCACAACAAAUAAAUCUCGUGAAGACUGUCACACAGAGGGGUUUACCGACAGAGGUUAUUGUGUCAAAGUUUAAUCUGAAUAUUACAAGACAAGAUCUGUGUACACUGGUUGGUGAUGCAUGGCUCAAUGAUGAAGUCAUAAAUUUCUAUAUGAAUCUUCUGACUGAGAGGAGCAACAAGGAUGACAGUCACCUUCCGAAAGUGUAUGCUAUGAAUACAUUUUUUGCUGUACGUCUAUUGCAAGCUGGACACGCUGGCGUAAAGCGAUGGACCCGAAAAGUGGAUAUAUUUGCGCAUGAUGUCAUUCCGGUGCCGGUUCAUGUUAGCAAUGUCCAUUGGUGUAUGGCUAUAAUUCACCUGAAAAAUCGCACCAUAAGGUACUAUGACUCCAUGGGACAGCCAAAUAUGCGUAUCCUCGAUGCUCUUGAGCAAUAUUUGAAGAGUGAAUCGAUGGAUAAAAAGCAGAGGCCCUUUGAUAUGUCUGGAUGGGAAAAGGAGUGUAUGGCUGAUGCUCCAAGGCAGAUGAAUGGAAGUGAUUGUGGAGUAUUUAGCUGUAUGUUUGCGGAGUAUAUUACACGAAAUUGUGAGAUCAGCUUUUCACAGAGUGACAUGCCCUAUUUCAGGCAGAAAAUGAUUGUGGAAAUUGCCACUGGGAAAUUACUGCUGUGAAAUCAUGAAUUCUAAUUUAAUAAAACAUCUUUUUAUUUCAUUCAUAUAUCAUAAUAAUAAAUUCAUUCAUAUUA